AUGCUUACCAGAGAUGAAGCCAGAUCACAGACGCCUAGCGCUAUCCGACGAGUUUCCUCCCUUGAGCAGCCGGCGAUCAAGGCGCCGUCCAGAACCGACCGCGUUGACCAUCUUUCACAUUUUGAUAUCACCUUUACGAUAAGAGACAAGAAACAGCGGAUAAAACUUGAGCUAGAACCGAACUAUGAUAUUAUUGCCGACGAUGCUUAUGUGCAGUAUCUUGGAGCGGACGGUAAAGUUCAUACCGAAGAGCCUAUCGCACGAGACAAACACAAGGUCUUUAAAGGGCGAACCUUGAUAGGACGAGGAAAAGGACAAGGGAUGUGGGAGCCUGUUGGGUGGACGAGGAUAUACGUGAAAGAAGACGGACCUCGGCCGCUCUUUGAGGGUGUCUUCAAUAUUCGCGGCGACAACCACCAUGUUCAAUUGCAAUCGACUUAUCUUCAGAGAAAGCGUCCUCAGGAUGUUGACAUUCCCAGACAGGACGGAGAGUAUAUGGUGUUCUACCGCGACUCGGACAUGCUACGAGCAGAAACCCCUGCACGUGUGGAUCUCAAACGGUCCCUGUCCACGGACGACUCGCAUGAACUCGAAUCGCGCUGGGACAUGGUUGGCUCUACUUGCCAGGCCGAUAAACUUGAUUUCAAUUCAGAUCCUAAUCACCCUGUCCUCCACUCUUUUACCGAGACAAAAAGCAGCUGGGCCUCGAUGCCAAUGGCCGACCUUUUUGGCCUAGGCUUCAGCAAACGAGACGAUAUCAAUACUGUGACUGGAAACGGCGGUGGAGUUAACUUGCAAGCGACAAUUGGCGAUACAAGUGGCUGUCCAAGUACGAAGAAAGUGGCUUUAGUCGGUGUUGCUACAGACUGCUCAUUCUGGGAGAAAUUCGACGGCAGGGACGACGUUCAGCAGUCAGUGGUCAGCAUGGUCAAUAGCGCCUCAGACGUUUUUGAGAGCUCUUUCAACAUCUCCCUCGGCUUACGGAACUUGACAAUCACAGACAGAGAGUGCACAGAGACCUCGUCUGCCGUACAAUGGAAUAUGCCAUGCUCGCAGGGCAACAUCACCCAGCGACUAGAUUUAUUCUCUGACUGGCGCGGGGAGCAAUCGGAUAAUAACGCCUACUGGACUCUAAUGACUGACUGCAACACGGGUCCGGAGGUUGGGCUUGCUUGGCUAGGCCAACUGUGCAACAAUAAGGCUUCAGGGUCAGUCAGCGGUACCAACGUUGUCGUCUCCACUGGUGCUGCUGGAUGGCAGAUUUUCGCCCAUGAGUCUGGCCAUACUUUCGGAGCGGUUCACGACUGCACAUCCCAAUCGUGCAGCCAGAACCAGCAAUCCUCGUCUACCCAGUCAGGAUGCUGUCCGUUGAGCACAUCAACAUGUGACGCCGGCGGAGACUACAUCAUGAACCCAAGCACCAGCUCAGACGUCACUAAGUUUUCACAAUGCACAAUCGGCAACGUCUGCUCCGCGCUUGGCCGCAACACGGUCAAUUCGGAAUGUCUUUCAGACAACAAGGGCAUUGUUACCAUCACCGGUGCGCAAUGCGGCAACGGCAUUGUUGAAGAAGGCGAAGACUGCGACUGCGGCGGCUCGGAAGGCUGCGGCGACAACAAGUGCUGCGACGCAAGCACCUGCAAAUUCACCGAAGGUUCCGUCUGCGACGACGCAAACGACGGCUGCUGCACCUCGUGCCAAUUCUCCUCUGCAAACACCGUCUGCCGCGCCAGCACUGGCGUAUGCGAUAUUGAGGAAAAAUGCACCGGCAACUCUUCAACUUGCCCAACAGAUACUUACAAAGCCGACGGCGACUCUUGCGGCAACGGACUCCAAUGCGCUAGUGGCCAAUGUACCAGCCGCGACGAGCAAUGUCGAACCAUGCUCUCCUCAGAAAUUGGCAGUAAUGACACAACUGCCUGCGACGAUAGCAAGUUCCCUUCCUGCCAGAUCUACUGCUCUGUCUCAGGGGGUUCAAGCUUCGGGGUGAUCCAAUGCAUGACCAACGCGCAGAAUUACAUCGACGGCACGCCCUGCGAGAAUGGUGGGCGAUGCCGUAGCGGCAUCUGCGAGGGCGGGAAGUCCUGGCUUGAAGCGCACAAGAAUAUCAUCAUUCCUGUUGUUGCGGGCGUUGGCGGCCUCAUCCUCCUAGCUAUUCUGGUCUGCCUCUUCAGACGCUGCAGGAGGACCAGGUAUACAAUGAAACCAAUACCACCUGUUGCCACUGCGUACAGCCCCUGGCCACGCCGAAUGCCGCCUCAGCCGCAACAGACCCCAAUGCGAAGACUAAGUCGAUCGCCGGGAUCAGGAUACGGCCAGGUUCCGCAAGCUCCCUACCCGAGUCCGUACGGACACUAUCCUGGCCCCGGACCUCAGCGAGGACCAGGGCCGAUACCAUCUCCUUAUCCUGGUUAUUCUGGCCCGGGUAUGUAUGAGGAUCCGCCGCCAGGGUAUACGCCGACGGUGCGGUAUGCGUAGAUAGCUUUCUGGAGCUGAAAGGCAUAGAUUUUUUUUUUGUGUGUUUCGAAUAUAGUGUUGGAUUGUAUAUAGCAUAAUACGGGCUGGGUUUGGCGUGCGCGGGUAUACCUCGAUCCUGGAGUAUGAUGGAGGUUCACUGCAUUUACUUUUCUUGCCACUUCUUGGGUACUUCUGCAUACUGUCUUUGGUCAUAGUUGGAGGUUUUGGAUCAUACUCCGCAUAUAUCAUCUAAUUCCUCCCCUUUCCUUCUUAGAUAAUGAAAUACGACGGCCUUUGUUACU